AUGGCAACCACAUCAAUUCUGUCCUUGGCUGACAAGAUCAAGAAGGAGACCACACAUGGCUCCCUCUCCUCUGGUCAUAGUCACGCUCGUCUGCUUCAACUGGUUGAUGAACUGAAAUUGGCGGUUGAAACACCAACCGAAACGAUUUUGAGGUUAAUCUAUCAGCCUCCUGAAAAUGCCGCGCUUCGUACCGUCGUAGAUCUUGCUAUCUUCCCAUUGCUUGUGGAAAGAGCCGGCAAAGGAGUUUCUGCAACAGAGAUCUCCAUGUGCACUGGGGCCGAGAGGGACUUGAUUGUCCGCCUCAUGCGUGUUAUGACUUCUCUAGGGCUGUGCGCUAGUUUCAAGCCAGAGGUAUACUAUGCCACGGAGAAGUCUAUCACUUUAACACAGCCAAUUGGGAGAGACGGUGUUCAGUGCAUAUAUGACCUCACGGCUCCCACCCUCUCAAAGCUUUCAGAGUAUCUUCGUCAACACAACUAUACCAACCCGAAAGAAUAUUCGGCUUGCCCUAUGCAAUGGACAAUUGGACAAAGCCAAUUCGAGUGGCUUGCUAAAAACACGCAGCACCAAGCUCUAUUCAAUUCGUACAUGUCCAGUCGACGAGAGGGAAGGCCGAAUUGGUUCGACGUAUAUCCCGUGGAGAGGUUGAUGGACGGAGCCAUCCACCACUCGGAAGCAGUAUUCCUCGUUGACAUUGGGGGGAAUCAGGGACAUGAUUUGGUCAAGCUCCACGCACGUUUUCUCAAUGCGUCAGGUCGAUUGAUUCUGCAGGACAUACCAGAGAUCGCUUCCAGCGUCAAAAGACCCGGGAUAGAAGCUAUGGGAUAUAGCUUUUUUGAUCCACAACCCAUUAAGGGGGCGCGGGCAUACUACUUCCGAGCCAUCUUUCAUGACUGGCCAGAUCGCAUUUGCCAAAAGAUUCUCCUCAACACUGUGUCUGCCAUGGAUCCGAGAUAUUCCCGUAUUAUUAUUGUCGACUUUGUCCUCUCAGAUACCAAUGUACCACGAAUGCAGUCAGCCAUGGACAUCCAGAUGAUGAGCAUCGGUGCCGGAGUCGAGAGAUCCAAGCGGCAGUGGGUCGACCUUUUGGCAAGUGUAGGCUUGAAAGUCAAUGGCAUUUGGAACACCAGCCCCGGCAUGGAAUCAAUCAUCGAGGUUGUACCAGAUCUGACCGAGUGA